AUGGAGAAGCUACAAGACAUCACGGCCACGGUAGAGAACCUCAAUGGCUUCACAGUCGGAGUCGUGGGAGCCACACUGCUCCUGCUCGCGAUGGGUCGAUUGUUAUUACCGUCGUAUGAUAGUCGUGAGCCCCCUCUGGCGCCUCCGGGUAUCCCAAUCUUUGGGCACAUGUUCGGUUUUAUGCGCAACAGCUUCGGCUACUAUGAGAAGAUAAACAAGAAGCUUCAGCAUCCCAUAUUCACAAUGCUGAUGCCUGGACGCAAGAUCUAUGUCAUCACCAAACCAGACCUUGUUGCGCGCGUGGACAGACAGAAUAAGUCCUUCUCCUUCGCGCCCAUAGUAUCAGAGUUCAGCAGCGUCACCUGCGGCACCAGCAAGGCGGCGAACCAGAUCCUGAACCAGAAUCUGCUAGGCGAGCACGGCAACUGGGGCUUGUGCGAGGAUAUGGUUGUUGGGAUGCGAGAGUCCCUGAAGCCGGGAGAGAAUCUCGACAAGAUGAACAUCAUCAUGGCCAAGGAAGUCUGCAGAUCACUUGAUCAGACCAAGCCCGAGGAAGGGAAAGACACUCGCGUUAUCCAAUUGUCGGCCUGGGUUGCUCACGUUGUGACCAUGGCGACGACGAAAUCGGUCUAUGGUCCAAAUAACCCAUACGAGCGAGGGGACAUCCGGGACGCUUUCUGGGAGUUUGAGAAGGGCAUCAUGAAGAUGCUCGUAGCGCCGUUCCCUGAAUAUACGGCCAGGGAGUCGAUCAAAGCCCGCAAUAAGGUAACUAAAGUGUUGGCGGACUAUUAUGCUAACGGUCAUCACGAACAAGCCUCAGCUUUGGCCAAGUCAAGAUACGACUACUCCGUCAAGAACAACGUACCACUUGAAGAUAUCGGCCGCUUUGAAAUUGGAGGCACGAUUGCAAUCUUGGUCAACACGCUUCCAUCUUGCUACUGGAUGUUACUGCUGGUCCAUACCACCCCGGGAUUACUGGAGGAGCUGCGCGCAGAAGUAGACUCGGCAUUAAUCAUCGACAAAGAAACAAACAAGGCCACCAUCGAUAUCACUGCUAUUAAGAACGACUGCCACCUGCUUUCUUCCACCCUGAAGGAGAGUCUGCGCUUCCGAGGCAUGGGAACGGCUGUCCGGAUCGUCGUGCAGGACGCAGACGUUGGAGGCUAUUUGCUCAAGAAAGGCUCGAUGGUGCAAAUUCCUCUUCAGGUACUUCACCACGACCGGGAAAACUGGGGCGCAGAGGCCGAGUCAUUCGACCCGUACCGCUUCGUCAAAGGAGCAGGAAAGAAGCUGCCAGAUGAGGCCGGCUAUCGGAGCUGGGGUGGCGGCAAGCAUCUGUGCCCAGGCAGAUUCUUUGCCACAAAUGAGAUUCUCGCCGUCGUUGCUCUUUUCAUAUCUCGAUAUGAAAUGCGACCGGUUGGCGGCGGCGACUGGGUGAUACCAACCACGGCCAACAGCAACGCAGCGACCCAAGUGGCGCAGGCCGAUUUUGAAAUGGAUAUGGAGGUAAGGAACAGGGUUGGGUUUGAAAAUUAUACCUGGAAUGUUGAGCUUCGCAAGGCGUAG